UGGGAUUGUCUCCCAUGCCCCUCCGUUUCCUUUUCCCCAUCAGACUUCUUUCUUUCUCUUCCUUUCUUUUAUUUUUUCUUUUCCUUUGCCUUCUUUUGAGCAGAGAGCUGCGUCCCUUUCUUUCUCUCUUUAGCCUUCAUUGUUGGUCAACUUUUAAGUUUCGAGUGGGAAUCAUUAGAGUGAGAUUUUGCAAUAGUGUUGUAAAUGAAAGUCGGAGAGCUCGUCGUAAUCUUUGCAAUGGUAGUCUCGGAUUCAUGAUCGGGCAAGAUUUGCCUUCCAGAUCUUCUUUUCUUCAUUAUUUGAGGGCACUAGUUGGACUUUUACACUCUUUUCGAUUCAAGGAUUAUAUCAUUUCGUUUCAGGUGUUUGAAGAACUUAGAGUGGAUUCAUGGCGUAGCGGGGACUCAAUUGCAUGGACCUCUAGAGCAUUUAUUUAAUAUUCUUUUAGGUUGCUUUGUCGAGUUUUGUGCAUACAUUGUGAUUGGGUUUUAUUUAGAAUUAUUUUAUUUUGU